AGCUGCCACCUCAAAGUAUGUGUGCUUCCCCUAUGAGAGGAGUGCUGUUCUCACAGCAGGAGUGGGUAACUUCCAUGUGGAACAGCUCAUCUACUGCCAUAAUUUACAGUUUCCAGCUCCUGUGCUACAUUGAACUGGUGCACAUGCUCAUAAAACCUUAGUAUGGACUGGCAGUUCAGAAACUCCUUUGUUGUGCUUCAGGGGACAACAGCUUCCAGAAGAAGGGUGGGACAGCUUGGCAUAGUAACAAAUUCCUCCUUCUAAAUAUGCCUGAAUUUGAGUCAACCCCAGAAAUUGAUUCUGCUCCAAAGGAAGGUAACAGCAGUGAGUGUUGUGUCCUUUGGAAUUCUGUUCAGGAAGAAUUGCUCUGUGCUGUAUUAGCAUGUUGCCUACUGUGAGCACAUAUCUGUAACCACAAAGUUCCAAGACUUUAGGCACCCAAAUGUGUUAAUAGAACUAAGUCACAGGAAUUUUCAUUAAUUGUUGUAAAGCAUCUCAGUCAGAUGUAUAUAGAAUGCUUUUCAUUCCAUUGAACCUCAGUCCUCUGAGAAACCAUCUCGAACAGAUGCAUAUGAGGUGUUUGCUUAUGGAUUAGUUUAAAUAAAUAAAUAAGACAGAGAGAGGAAGAAGGGAAAACUCAAUUCCAGAAACCUGCCAGCAUCAGAAAGCACCUUAUUCCAUCCCUGUCUCUGUUACAAUAAUGAUAAUCUAGGGUUUAGGUAACUAUAGUGAAUGCAUUGGUGGAACUACUGUAUGAGGACACAGGUAAUCUCUGACUCAUAUCGUGUGAGACUUCAUCAGUUAGAAUCUUAAAUUCUACCCAGAAUUCGAUAGGUAGUUUAGGCUGACCUUGUAAGCCACAAAUUUACAUCCUUUCAGUACUAUUGGGCUGCCUCUGUCACCAUGGCCACGUUUAAUGUGGUACCAAGGCUCUUUCUAAACAACUAGCAAAUAACAAACCUAAUCUCUUCUAGAGGGUUUCUCCUUUUUUCUUUCCUACUGGGAAAGUUCUACAGCUUUUGUUAUGAUUUCUGGGUUAAUAACAACAAUAGAGGUGAAUGGAAUUUUGCAAAUGACACCUGGUAGAAGUUAUGCCAAGGUUUUAAAUGAUACCCAGUGGGCACAGUGCAAAACAUCCUCCUCUUCUGUCCACCCUAAGCCACCUCCCAUGCCCUCAGAACUCCUCCAGUGGUUUUUGGGAUGAAAGCAAACCAUAAAAUAGUAAUGUUCAUCUGUACUUCUCUCUAGUGCAACAACCAUUAGAAAACCUUUGAAUUAAGAGGAAACCUAUUGGAAUUGGUCUUAUAGUCCUUUUAAAACCUGCAUCCAUAUAGUUUAUUCCUGUGGCUUGUUUUCUCUGUGAUUCCUGUGUGUAAGAAGCCAAGCUGUGAUCCCUGCUAAUUGUAUAGAAACCUGCCUUUAUUCAGUACAAUUUAAUGCAGUAUUUUUAUUUAUGAUGCAUUUGUAUUCUUUCUCUUCAAAUAUUGUGUAAACUGUUGCCUUUUUUUUAACAAGAUCUAAGAGCUGAUAACGGGAUGUUCACUGCUGCUGUGAGAAGUUGUUUUGUUUCUUCCUGUAAUUCCAUCCUGACUUGGCAAUGCAGGCUCACAGUUAUCAUUUCAUUUGACCUGUAAAUCAAUCUGUGUAACAUGCAAAGCAGCCACGAAUGCAAAGGAAAUGAGAACAAAGUCAUGGGAAAAGCAUUUUAUAUGACACAUUCCAAGGCUCUAUUUAUGUGUGCUUUAUUCCUUCCAUGAGGAAAUAGUGAAAUAUGCAGAAUUGUAACUCAAAUACACAAAGAAACAGGAAAAAGGAAAGAAUAGAGACUGUUUAUGUAUGUUAAUGAAGAAUGGAGGGAUUUAAGAAGAAGAACCUGAUCUCUCAGCUUUGCAGCUUGGAAUAAGGAUCUGCAUCUUCUUUUCCCUUCUGGUCUGGACUUAGAGCAUGAAAUGGGUGAGUUGCUUUGCCUCUGUGUCUUACCCUUCUAACUUAGCAAGGAAUGUGAAGAAUGUUACAUUAUCAUAAUACUUUGGGUAUUAAAUUACAUCUGUUAUUGCAUUAAUUGGGAAACCUUUUUUAAGGAUGAUGUCAUGCCUUAGAAAUAUUUGAUAGGUACCACUGUUUAGCAUUGGGUUAUAUGAAAAAUAAAUAUUAGGUUUCCUUUAAUUCAGAUACCAUGAUUUAUCUUUUUGACCAAAACUUUUAAGCACAGCAAGACAUAAUUAGAGGGCAGUUUCAUUCUUUUCCCUUUUUUCCAUUAACAUUGCAAGACCUUCUGAUUUAAAUGCUUUUUAACAUUUUCGGUCUUCUCUCACAGAAAGUGUGAUUCCCUCACCAUUGACACUUCCCUACUCUCAACUCUCUGUUGGUUUAGACUCAGCCCUUGUUAUGAGGGUGAUUGUUUUUGUAGUCACAAAGGGAUUAGUACAUUUAGUCACAAGUACUCAACAGAUCUGUCCAGACUUCUCUGGGGUUGCAGAGGGGAUCAGUGAUGUGGUGCACUGUCCAAACAAGUCUCACCACUCUGAGUUCAGAGAUUGUGUCAGUACAUGUGAUGGGGCAUCUGGAUGUGAACAAGUGCACAAGGAGGUGUUCAAACACAUGAUGAGCUUGAACAACUCUGCUAAUUUAGGGCUUAGAUAUAGAAUUUUUAAUAAGUCAAAUGAAGAGAGAAUAUUUUUAUGCUACAGUUAUUUCAGCAAAAUCCUAUGCUUAAGUAGCUUUGAGAGCUUAGUUUCUGAAGCUUUUCUGCUAUCCCCCUGCCCUUGGGCCCUGCAGAACACCCCAUCCUGCCUGUGACUCAUGUCAAACAUCCAGCUGUCACCUCAGCUCACACCUCUGCCGAGCUUUGCACGCUUUGGUACGUCUCUGUUAAAGGCUCCUUUCUGCACAGUAUCUUCCACACAAUUAAAAACCCUCCUUCAGGUUCCUGUUGCCUCAGAGCUGGAGCACUGCUCCUGUUCUGUGGCCUGGAAAUGCAGAGCUAUGGAGUUAAUGGGACCUACUGAGUGGAAGGGACAAAGCUCUGGUCUCACACAUCUGUCUGGUACCUCUCUGUGACCCAGCACUGCCCACAGAACCAGCCCAGGGACAAGACUUUGUAGGCUGGAGACAGACACUCUCCUGUCUGUUUUAGGCCAAGUCCUUCUUACUCAAUUCAGACCUGCAUCUGUCACCAUGUAAUUUGAAAUGAACUUGUGUAAGACAAACUCUCUGACACCUUCCUGUUGUGUUUUAUACAGCCAUCUCCUACAAGUACUGCAUGGUUUUUUUUUUCUGUGUGCCUGCAUGAACUGGGACUGGUUAUAGGAGAAAAAGUAGAAAAGGGCAGUCUAGAGUUGUGAUUCAAAAAGCAAGCUCAAAUCUUAAUGCAGCAGCUUUUCUCCUUGUAACUUUAGCUUCUGUUUCUUUCAAAAAUACUUAAAAUGAUGCACUGAAUAAAAUGUGGCCACCUCUCUUCACUGAAGUUAAGAGAAUACAAAAUACCAGUUCUGAAAGCUCCUCUGAGGUGUCCCCUUCUGGUGCAACCAAAGCCAAGUUAAAAUACUCUUUGUUGAAUUUCACCAAGAAAUGAGGGAUUGAUAUCCAUGAAUAAGCUGACCAGCUGCUCUGACUUGUGGAGGAGUUCUGGAGUAGUUCAAGGGUAGAAUGGGCACUUUAUUUCUUGCAUUAAAUGGUAAAAGCUCUCAGUGCUGUGGACAGCUCAAAACAGGGAAUUUGGUGGGUUUGGGGUUUUACUCUGAGCUGGAUUUGUCCCUCAUCCAGCAACCCAAGAAGUGCAGAUUAGUGUCACAGGCUCAAAGUUUCUGUUUCUAAUGCCAGCUACAGGGACUUAAGAACAUAUAUGUUAUGCUAAAAUAUACUUGUCUAGGUGUCAGUUUGAGUUCUUGUCAGCACAUGAACAUUAAAAUACAUUUAAAUUGCAAGACCACCUGUGAACUUGAGAUAUUUCUAACAUGCAAACAUUGAAAAUUGUAGUCAUUUAUAUUUAGAUGUGGGAGUGUUUCUUUAGCAUCUUAACUACUGCUUUAAGACUUCAUUUUAGACACACCCUUUUGAAAAUGUUGGCUUCGAUUUCUCAUUGUUCAAUUUGUAAAAGGAUAUUUGUUUUUAAAGGGCUUUAAAAUCUUAGGAUCAAUGUCUAUAAUUGUUAAUCAUUUAAUUAAUUAUCAUUAAUUUAAAAUGUAUUAUUUAACAGUAAGUCACCUUUCCCUGUUGUGUUGUCAAUGAGUUAAUUUACUGCCUUCAUUCAUCUUGGAAGCCAGAGAACAACCCUUGUGCCUACAGUUAAGCCUCUCUGCAAAUACAAAAUUGGGUUGGGGAUGAAGAUAGAAGAGUCAGGAUGGAAGUGCUGGGUACCACUGCCAAACUGGAGUUUUGUUUCUUCUCUAGUACAGUUUAUCUACAGACUGCUGGUACCAAUAGUGUAUUUGUGUCACCUACUAUCUUAUACUUUUACCAGGUAACAGUAAGAAGGUCUGAUGUGGAGAAAAUAUUCUAUUUUUUUCCCAAAAAGGAACGUAAAUUAUGUACAAAUUAAGCCCUGCCCUUUUUUGGCUCACAGCCCAGCCACCAGCUACAAAGAAGCAGGAACAGCAAAAGGGCCUGAGCACACGUGAACAUCUCUGUGCUGAGAGCACCUGAUGCCCUGGAGUUACAAAUUGUCCAGCAAAGAGACCUCUCCCCAUCUCACCUGGCCAGGAAGGACUGGGACAGCUGACAGCCAGCAUUCUACCAAGGUCGUGAUGCCAGAAGGAUCCCCAGCGGAGCUCCCCAGCAGCCAGGAAUGUGAGAGCCAAGGGAAGGAGCCUGCUGGGCUGCUGGGGAACAGGAGCACAAGGACCAUGGUGACAGGAGGCGGAGGCUACCUGGGAUACAAUCUGGGCUGUGCCCUGGUUAGGUCAGGGAUUGCUGUCGUCCUGUUUGAUGUACGGAAACCUAAGUGGGAGAUUCCCAACGGAGCCGAUUUUUUCGAGGGGGAUGUGAGGGACUAUGAUGCAGUGUUCAAGGCAUGUGAAGGGGUUGACUGUGUUUUUCACGUGGCUGCAUGUGGAAUGUCAGGAUUAGAACAACUUCAAAAGAAAGAUCAGAUUGAAUCCAUAAAUGUUGGAGGCACAAAAAUAAUAAUUGAUGUCUGCAAACAAAGAAAUAUCCCCAGACUGAUAUACACCAGCACAGUGAAUGUGGUGUGUGGAGGGAAUCCUAUUGAAGAAGGAGAUGAAGAAACUGUGCCGUAUUUUCCACUGGAAAAGCAAUUUAAUCAUUAUUCUAGAACCAAGGCAAUUGCAGACCAAAUGGUUCUUGCUGCUAAUGGAACUUUACUCAAAGGAGGGGACAAGCUCCACACGUGUGUGCUUCGCCCCCCGGGCAUCUACGGACCCGAAGAGCAGCGGCACCUGCCACGAGUAGCCAUAAACAUCCAGCGGAGACUUUUUAACUUCAAGUUUGGGAAUCACGAAGUUCAGAUGAACUGGGUUCACAUAGGAAAUCUAGUACAAGCUCACUUACUGGCUGCUGAGGCUCUCACCUCUGAGAAGGGUUAUGUAGCUAGUGGUCAGGCAUAUUACAUCCACGAUGGUGAAAAUGUGAUUUUCUCUGAGUGGAUCGUGCCCUUGUUUGAAAAAUUAGGCUACAGGAAACCCUGGAUACAUAUUCCCGUUCUCCUGGUUCAUAUAGCAGCCACUGUGAUGGAAUAUCUGCACCUGAUACUAAAGCCAGUUUUUAGCUUUACACCUUUCUUGACAAGGAAUGAGGUGUGGAACGUUACUGUAACUCACACGUUCCGAAUAGACAAGGCACGAAAUCAACUUGGUUACAAACCAAAGAAAUUCUCAUUUGCUGAUUCUGUGGAUCAUUAUCUCAAAACAAGACCUACUUGCCAAGAAGAUCACACAUUCCUUAAAAUGGUGUUUGUUUUUGGCAUUAUGUUAAGUUUGAUCAUUCUUUCUUUUUUCUAAAAUCAAGUAACUCCCCACCUGUUCCAGAAAACCUCGUUUUAUUUCUGAGUAUUAAUGAUCUGGUCACAGUACAUUCCUCAGCCACCAUGGAUUUUGUUAUUGUUAUUACUAUGGUGACACCUCUCUGACCUCCUUAAGAAAGAAAAAAAAAACAAACAACAAGCAAAAAACAAUCACAAAAGUGAAAACAUGGCAGGAAAUGUUCCCCAGGAACAACAGUGUCACAAAUCAAAGGCGUUCACCACUAACAGGUGCAGGAAUAGUGUUAAUGAAUCUUCAUUAAUUGAUUGCUUCAUGCUGAGAGGGAUUUUCUAAAAAUGAUAACUCAGGAGGGUGAGAAGCUGGAAGAAGAGGAACCAUUGUAGGACUGCAGUGCUGCCACAAGUCCAGCAGCUCCGGUGAAGAAAAGAGUGACUAAACAACUCCUCUGAUGAAGCUGCUGCUACAGCUACUGUCUGUAAGUCUGAGGAAUUAUGGAGACCUGGGAAAUAGGACAAAAAUAUGGAAAGUAAAUAUUUAUAAAAAACAGGUGGUGAGAGGACUGAAAAUCGUAUUUAUAUAAAAAUAAUUUUAUUGUUCAAAAGCUUUGUAAAAAUGUAAUAAAUAAUAUUAUGUGUGUUUGUAAAUCAAAUAAUGUACAUUCAAAGCAAUAAUAAAUAAUAACUG